AUGCCAUGCGCUGACCUCGUGUGUCCGCAACCCCUGCGGCGGGGGCCCGGGGCUCUUGCAACGCCGCCUGUGGCCUCCUUCUCCCCGCAGUGGUGGCUGCGGUGUGGUGGGGGCGCGUUGCGCCGAGCCUUGGGGUUGCCACGCCGCCCUCGCUUGCGGCGGGAGGUGAGGGGCGUGGGCGGCUGGGGCGAGUGUCCCGCCUCUCUGUCCCCGCGGGGCCGGCGGUGUGGCCUCCCUGUGGGGCUUGCGCUGCGCCGUGCGCGGUUGCGGGGAGGGGCGAUGCAGCCCCAGUUUUUUUUUUUGUCUCCCUCCCCGCUGCCUGCGGCCAAGCCUCCUGCGUGGCCACGCGGCACUUCCCACCCUUUUUCUUCCUUUGCCUCUCCA